UGACAAGGCUCGAUAACAUCGUGAUGAAAACGAAAGAUGCAAUGCGUUAGUGGAAGCAAGUAGAUAUUGGAGCAGAAUCAAAGACAAUAAUUCGUCCGAAAAACGUGGUUGUUUCCGUCGUCUUCUUCGGAGUUUCAGAUUAUUCUCUCUCCGACUGUCUGUAGCCGAAUAUCAUGCGGUCAUUGUGCUCACGGGCAUAUUUGAUUUGUAUGCGUGUCUGUAUUUACCCGUGUUAUUGCUCAGGUCGCGGUUCGCAGAUUCAGUGGAAGAGGCCUUCGAUUGUCUUCUCAUCGAGAUAAAGUUAGGUAGUUUUUUGGCCACUCUCUCUUUCUACUAAUUGCUGCGUGUGUUCGGAUAUACGUUCGUUUACCAAGCGCUUCGUUCUGCAUCUGGAGAGCUGUGUUUUAUCUGAGAAGAGAAGCAUUUUCAAAAUUUCUGCCUCCUGUUACCCUUCUCCCACUUUGCCUUUUGUGGCUAGAGUUUCGUGAUGCUGAAGUUGGUGGUUCAAGGCUUUGCUGUUGCUCUUUUCCUUCAUGCCCUCCUUGGGGUGGUAUUUGCUGCGGACUUCAAUCGGCUGAACAUAUGGCCAAUGCCCCAGUCAGUGAGCCAUGGGGAUCAAAUUCUUUAUCUGAGUAAAACCUUUGAGCUAAGGACUGAAGGAAGCAAAUAUCUCGAUCCUUCUGGGAUAUUGAAGGAUGGAUUCUCUCGAUUACUCAAUAUUCUUCAAGCUGCUCAUGUUAUUGAUGGUAACCUUCCCAAUUUUCAGCAGUCUGUCCUGCUUCAGGGAAUUAACGUGGUCAUUUCUUCACCAAAUGAUAUGUUACAGUAUGGAAUUGAUGAAUCUUACAAGUUAUCUGUUCCUGCAAAUGGAAAACCAGUUUAUGCUCAUCUGGAGGCACAAACAGUUUAUGGAGCUCUACAUGGGCUGCAGACAUUCAGCCAACUUUGCCAUUUUAACUCUACCACCAGAGUGCUUGAACUUCAUCAGGUCCCUUGGAAUAUUAUUGAUCAGCCAAGGUUCUCUUAUCGUGGGCUUUUAAUUGAUACCUCUCGACACUAUCAACCACUUCCGAUGAUAAAGAAAGUUAUUGAUUCAAUGGUUUACUCCAAAUUGAAUGUGCUACAUUGGCACAUAGUAGAUUCCCAAUCUUUUCCUUUGGAGAUACCUUCGUAUCCCAAGCUAUGGAAUGGAGCUUAUUCUAUCUCAGAGAGAUAUACAAUGGCUGAUGCUGCUGAGAUUGUGAGUUAUGCUCAGAGACGAGGGAUCAAUGUAUUGGCUGAGAUUGAUGUUCCUGGACAUGCUCUCUCCUGGGGAACUGGUUACCCAGCCCUAUGGCCGUCAAAGGAUUGUCAGCAGCCACUUGACGUCAGCAAUGAAUUUACAUUCAAAGUAAUAGAUGGUAUUCUUUCAGAUUUCAGUAAGAUCUUCAAAUUUAAAUUUAUUCACUUGGGAGGUGAUGAAGUUGACACAAGUUGCUGGGGUUUAACUCCUCAUGUCAGGAGCUGGUUGAAGAAGCACGGUUUGAAUGAAUCUGAAGCUUAUCAAUACUUUGUUCUGCGGGCUCAGAAAAUAGCAAUAUCGCAUGGAUAUGAUAUUAUCAACUGGGAAGAGACCUUCAACAACUUUGGGAAUAAAUUAAGCCAAAGGACUGUGGUGCACAACUGGCUCGGGGCUGGUGUUGCCAAGCGAGUGGUUGCAGCUGGGUUAAGAUGUAUUGUGAGCAAUCAAGAUAAGUGGUAUUUAGACCACUUGGACACCAUGUGGCCAGAAUUCUAUAUGAAUGAACCACUCGCAAAUAUCACAGACCUCAAGCAACAAAAAUUGGUUAUUGGGGGCGAGGUAUGCAUGUGGGGUGAACAUAUUGAUGGAUCUGACAUUGAACAAACGAUAUGGCCGCGUGCUGCAGCAGCUGCAGAGAGGCUUUGGACACCCUACGAUAAACUAGCCAAGGACCCAAGGAAGGUGACUGGAAGGUUAGCACACUUCAGGUGCUUGCUGAACCAGAGAGGAGUAGCCGCUGCCCCAUUGGCUGGACCUGGUCGAGUUGCACCUAAAGAACCAGGUUCCUGCUUUACGCAAUAACCGUUGACUCAAAAAGAUGCAGAAAAUAAUAAGCUCCUGAAUCGAAAACUCAGGAAGAUCUCAUGAUUUUAUUAGCUGUGUGAGCCAUGUAAUUUAAGCUGUACUAUAUCAGCCAUGUAAUCUGUUCAUCUUGAUCUCAACCUCAACCAGCAGUGGCUUUGCUUAGCUUAGCCCCCUACUUUCAUGAGCUCUGAAUUACUUUGGUUCAGUUCAUA